GACUCAUCCCACGUUUCUGGUCACGCCACUACCUUCGAUUGGUUGGCUUCUUUUCGCGUAACACGCGAUGUCAUAGACGGCUCAAACUCCGCCGCAUCGACUUCGCGUUGUUCUGAUGAUGACGAUUUCGUUUCUAGCGCAGUUUGUCGAAACGUCGCAGUGCCCGUUUUCUGCGUAUGUGCUUGCAAUAAAUAGAGAAUCAUUUCGCCGCUCUGCUCAGUUAAUAUUCCACAGCAGUACGUAUUCAGGAAGGUAAACCUACUCGGUGACGUCGUGACUUGUUUUGUUUUAUGUGCACGCACUUCUCUUCGUCUCUGUGCGUAAUUGACACUACUUUCAACAGAUAAUGUCUCUCAGCAAAGCAAUCAGACAGUAUGAUCGCUGUAUGUGUACAACGCGCAGAUUUUACAAUGCCCAAAGUGCUAGUCCAGAGAAUUCAACAAACGAAUCUCUUAAAAUGUCUUUAAGUUCACAACUGAGAGUGAUGUCUGUGAACCAGUGGAAACUUUUAAGCCAAUUGAAAGAUUACAUAAGCAAAACUUCUAAUGAAAAAAUUUCUUUAAAUAAAGAAUGGAUAUCUCUUCUUCAUAAAAUAUCAUCCAUUACUGGUCAGGCCGAAGAAGCUAUCAGAAAAGGUCUUGACAAUGCAUCAGUUACAAAAAUUGAAAGUGAUGAAGUGACGAGCCCUACAACUCAAACUGCAGAUACCUCUAAUAAACAAAAUCAGACGACUUUUCCUCAAGUUCUCAAUGGCUUAAAGCUAAAGAUGAGUCCAAAGGCUUCUGUUGAAACAACAGAAGACUUGACACCAAAAUGGAAGUCUAAAAAAGAUGUUGUAUCACUGACUAGUAUUGGCUCAAGAACUAGGCAUGUAAUUUCUUCUGUUGCAUCUGCUGAAAGUACUUCUUCUCGACUUAAAAGAUUGGAAAGUCUUGCAAAUCAUUUACAUCAAUAUCCUGAAUCCAGAUACCUAGCUGUCAAGGAAGGAGCUAUACGUUUGUUGCUGAGACUCAGGCAGGAAACAAAGGAUGAAGAGACCCUUGCUGCUCUUCGAGAAGGCCUGACCAUUUUAGGUUACGUUGAUCCUCUGCCUGGACAUGGAAUUCGCAUUCUGUCAAUUGAUGGAGGAGGUAUUCGAGGUCUCCUUGUUAUUGAAAUGCUGAAAAAGCUUGAAAAAUUGACAGGGAAACGUCUAUAUGAAUUAUUUGACUUUAUUUGUGGUGUUAGUACAGGAGCAAUUAUGAUAGGAGUAAUAGCUGCUCAAAAAAAACCAUUGGAUGAAGCAUCUUUUCUUUACAAAGAAAUGAGCAAGAAGAUUUUCAAUCAGAGUGCUUUCUGGGGUACCAGCAGUCUUGUGUGGAGUCAUUCAUAUUACAGUACAGACAUGUGGGAGGAGCUUUUGAAGAAAUAUGUCGGUGAAAUAGAAAUGAUAAAGACAGCAAGAGAUCCUCUCAUUCCGAAGAUUGCAGCAGUUUCAGCUGUUGUAAAUCAAGAACGUGUAAUGUCCUUUGUAUUUAGAAACUACUCUCUACCUUAUAAAGUGCAAUCACAGUAUAUGGGAAGCAACCAGUACAAGAUGUGGGAAGCUGCUCGCGCUUCAGCUGCUGCUCCUUCGUACUUUGAAGAAUUCCGUUUGGGAGAUUACCUUCAUCAGGAUGGAGGAAUUCUCACAAACAAUCCUUGCGCAGUUGCCAUUCAUGAAUCCAAGCACUUGUGGCCAGGGGCCCCGCUGCAGUGUGUUGUUUCCCUGGGCACGGGACGUUGCCACCCAAGUGCCCAACCUCCUUUGGACCAGAAAGCAAGUAGUGCUUCAUCUUGGAAAACAAAAUUCAUGAAAAUUCUGGAUAGUGCAACAGAUACAGAAGGUUUGUAACUUCACAUUGUUUGAUCUUUCACAGAUCUGUGUAUCUGUAAAAUGCUUAUUUACUUGGUGAGGCUUAAAGUAGAAAUAUUUCUUCUUUCCUUGCUCUUGAAAGUGUAAAUCUUGUUAUGUAAUUGCAGUGAAGUUAAAUCAAUUCACACAAGACAUGAUUUAUUUACAAAUGCACAUAAAAAGAAUUGAUGUUGGCAAUUUUUUUCUGUAUUUAUUUUGGUAUGAUUUUGUAUUUUGUAAAUAGUUAAGGUUUUAAAUAUCCUCAAGGAAUUAUGUUUAUAAACAUUGUGUGGACAUUUCUAGUUGAUAGUUCUAUCUUCAUCAUAUAUCUAAAUGAUAGAUGACGAAGGGAAAGAAUUGGUAAAAGAACACAAUUUUUUUAAUUGACAAAAUCCUUUUAACAAAAUAAAAUGUCAUUCUUGACAAGAUAUUACUGAAAUAACUUUUUAAAAUAAGUAAGCAGGUAAGAUAUAUUUACCUCUAAUGUUAUUUGUAGGUUCAAAUUCUGAUAUUCUGAAAAUUUUGUGAAAUUGUUUAUUAAAGGAUCUGAAAUUAGUAUAUCUAAAAAAUGCUCAAAAAUGAGGAAAUGUAAUACAUUAGUAUUAGUAAAAAUGAUGAUGUAAAUUUUGUCGUCAAAAUAAACAUUUAAAUUAUAUACUACGCUAAUUUUAACAGAAAUUCUUAAGAAGUGUCCCAAAAUGUACUCUCAAAGAGCGAGGGGUUAUUAUUCCAAUUUUUUGACAUUAUUGUAUAUGCAGUUUUUAUUUUUUUUUAUUGGAACAACUUACUAAUUUGGAAAACGGUCUCAAAACUAAUACCGAUAAAAAUGGUGUAAAAUAUAAAAAUAAAGAAUAUGAGAAAGUUCUGCACAAUUAACGUUUAAAAAAAAAAGAAAGAAAAAGGGGAUCUAAAUUAAAAUGUCUAUCUUUAGAUGAGUUAUGAUAAAAAGAGUUUUUGUAACUUAUUAUAUUUUUUUUAUAUAAUAACUUUUUUCCAGCUGUUCACACUAUUUUAAAUGAUCUGCUUCCUGAAAAUGUGUACUUUCGGUUUAAUCCAUAUGUAACGGAAAUGGUCACAAUGGACGAAAUAAGACCUGAGAAGAUUAGCCAGUUAGAAAUGGAUGCAGAGAUGUAUUAUCGUCGAAAUGAAGAAAUAUUUCAAGAAAUUGCUACUGCCUUGACACAACCUGCUACCAGAAUGCAGCAAUUUCAGAAUUGGAUAAAUCUUCAGCGAGAAUUACUUGGUUUUAAAUGAUUCUUUUUUUUUAAAAACAAAACUUCUGCAUUUUUGGAUCACUAUAUUUUCACAUUUAUAUUUGUAAUCUAUAAAUCAGUAUUUUAAUAUGUAUUGUAUUAUUUAUUGCUUGUGUGUUGAUGUACGAACAAAUGUUAUUUAUAUUACUUUAUUAUUACCUCACUUGUAGUUCCUGAUUUAUAUUUAGUUCAUGGCAUUUUUGAAUUAUUUUUCUUCAGGCUUAUGAAAUUCUUUUAUGAAGUUUUUGAAGACUAUGAACAAUGUAUAGUGUGUGAUUUCUAGUUAUGCAAAUGUUAAUAUUUAUCUGAUUUUAUAGUUUUAUAUUUCAACCUACUGAAGAUAUUAACUGUGAUAUAAUUUUUAUUUUAUUAAUUACAAAGCUAAUUUUAGGACAAAGGAAAUUGUUUUGUAUGUUAUUCUUAUCUUUUGUAAAUUUGUUGGCGUUUUCAAUUAUGUACAGAACAAUGUACAGAAUGUUGUAGGUAUUAUUUAUAUUAGGUUUUAAUGCAUUCUUGUUUCAUCAUGUAUAAAUGUGUACAUGAAAAGAAGCAAUAUGAGAUUCAUAAAAUUUUGUUGUUUUUAGAGUGUAUAUUGUGAUUCAGACCUUGAAACAAUUAAAAAUAUAUGGUAAACAUCACAAAAAAUCCUCAAUGAUAAAUAAUAACCUGUGUCCUUUUCACUUUAUUACAAGAAUUACACUGUCCUGGAAAAAAUUCUUCUCAUGGCUUAGCAUAAAGCAAGAAAGUUAAUAUAUCAACAUUUUACUUCAAAAAUUACAAGUUAAUGUUCAAUAAAGUAACAUUCAAACCAAAAAAUAAGUUAAAAUGUGUUAUUUCGUUGAAGAUUUUUCAGAUGUGCGUACGUAUUAUACUUUGUAAAUACGUGCAGGCAUUUAUACGGUUUUUAACGUUUUACAAAAGCUGCACAGGAAAGUAAUGUUUGUAUCAUGCCACCACCAAACGAUAGUUCACCCGUAGCGGUGUGCUGUCGUUUUUAAAUUUGGAGCCACGUGUUUCCCGCCCCGCCCCCUUCGCUCGCGACCAAUGGGAAUUGCCACAUCACGCAGACGGCGCAGGAGCUGAGAGCGCUGUGGCAAAAACGCCAGAAAUGAAAAUAUGGCGUCCUCUCAAGACGCCUGGUAUCUUUCAUUAUUAGGUUUAGCGGAAAAUUUCCGGACGUCGAGCCCCCCGAACAUCAAAUUGUGUAUCCAGUGUUUGCAAGCUGUUUUCAAUUUCAAGCCACCACCUCGAGUGGAGGCGCGGACUCACCUACAGUUGGGAAAUAUUUUGUUAACUCAUACGAAGAACAUUGAUUUAGCAAGAAGUCAUUUGGAACAAGCGUGUGUGUCGUUUCUGAAAUUACAGUGGUUACUUUCUCAAAUUAUAAAUACGUUUGACGACGUUAAAUUUGAAGCAGCAAGUGUCCUAGCAGAGUUGUACGAACAACAAUCUCAAUCAAAUCUUUCAAAACCAAUCCUCAGGAAAGCUAUUGAACUUUCUCAACAUAGUGUAUAUUGGCAUUGUCGACUGAUUUUUCAAUUAGCGCAAAUACAUGCAAGUGAAAGAGAUUAUGAAGUUGCUAGUAGCCUUCUCGGUGUUGGAGUGGACUAUGCACACAUUUCCAAUGCUGCUUAUACUAGAGUUUUGUUCUUACUUAGCAGAGGAAUGCUUCUCUUGAUAGAUAAGAAAUUUCAGGAAGUACAUCCUCUGUUAAAUCAAGCUGGACAUUUGGUAGAUGGAUGGCAAGGUAGCCAGCAUCAGAAGGAAUACCUUAAAGUGUUCUUUCUUGUUUUGCAGGUUUGCCAUUACUUGAUGGCUGGUCAAGUGAAAAGUGUUAAACCUUGCCUCAAACAGCUCCAGCAAAGCAUUCAAACAAUUAUGCAGCCAACGUGGCCAGCAGAUGAGAUUGUUAGUGGACCUAAUGUUGGUGAUAUGUUUAUCUGGAUGCCUAAAGAACAUUUAUAUGUUCUUGUGUAUUUGGUAACUGUGAUGCAUUCGAUGCAAGCAGGAUAUAUGGACAAAGCACAAAAAUACACAGACAAGGCACUCAUGCAGAUUGAAAAACUUAAGAUUGUGGACAACAAGCCAAUCCUUUCAGUUUUUCAACUGAUGUUAUUAGAGCACAUCAUUAUGUGCCGACUUGUAAUGGGCAAUAAGUCACUUGCUCUGCAGGAAAUCUCUCAGGCUUGUGGACUUUGUCAGCAACAACCACGCUUGUUGCUCACACAUCGGCCUCAGCUACACACCUUGCUGGGUCUCUAUGCGAUGAGCAUGAAUUGCAUGGAAGCAGCAGAGGCUCAGUUCAUGGCAGCCUUGAGGACAUCCCAGGAGAGAGAAUUGUGGACGUUUGCGAACUUGAAUUUGGCCAUUGUGUACCUGCGAGCCAAGCGAGAACAAGAGUUUGCUGCUCUUCUUGAGAGAAUCAAUCCAGAAAAUCUACCUUCUCACUCUCACAGUCUGAGAGCUGCUGCUUAUUAUGUACAAGGCCUGCAGUCAUUUUUCCAGGCUAGGUACAACGAAGCCAAGCGGUAUCUUCGGGAAACUUUGAAGAUGGCUAAUGCAGAGGAUCUGAAUAGAUUGACAUCUUGUUCUCUUGUCCUUUUGGGACACAUUUUCUUGUCCCUUGGAAAUAGCCGAGAGAGCAUGAACAUGGUGACCCCUGCAAUGCAGUUAGCAAGCAAAAUCCCUGAUGUUCAUGUACAACUUUGGGCUUCUGCGAUUUUAAAAGAUCUCUAUCGUUUGUGUGGUGACCCUGUUCGUGAGAAUGAAGCAUUCCAAAUGCAUUGCAACUUCUCACAAAUGUUGCUCAAAGACCAUUUCCAGUCAUCUCAGAUGGCAGAGCACAACCUCAUUCACUGGACGGAGGGUGGCUUCCCUCUACUAGUGAGCAACCCACCCAGCACCUCGGGUGCUCUUCUAUGAGGCCCUCAAGUGCCCUGCUCAGUCUGCGCAAGCAAAUAUGUACAUAGAUAUACAUACACACUAUAUUUUUUGUUUUAAUAGUUUGCCCACGGAGACAUUUGUGCUUGUCUUACUUUGGCCCGGUGCAGAAAUUGUGUUCAGUGGAGGGCCAGGACUGUGUUCAAGUGAGUUUGUUUGAGAGUUUUAUCAAAUGGUCAGUGCAUCUUUGCAAUAAGGCAUAAUCUGUUCUUAUUUUCCAACAAACUUUUCCCUGCAGCAGCAUUGAGGAUAUUAAAUCCCAUUUCAUAUCAGUAUUGACUGAAUUUUGUGAUAUCUAUGGCAACUCAUUUAGGGAAAUGGUUUGUAAACCAAAUAUUACAUUUUUCUUUUUAUAUUGUGAGAUUCUGUACAAAAACUAGAUGGAAUUAGAAAGUUUCUGUGGCUAUAUUUUACAUUUUGCUCUCUUGUGUAUCAAAUUUCUUUAUCAUUUCUGAAUUGUAUUAAUGGGGUUUAGUUUUGUCAAGUAUCAAGGGAAAGUAGGUGCUUCAGACAAAAAAGAAAGUUGUUUUUGUUGCUUGUAGGUGCAUAUUACGCUGUGGGCAGUUUAGUGCCUUGUUUGUGCAUGAAUGUGUUAUGUGAGUGUGAAUUUGAAGAUAUACAUUUGCCAUUCUAAGAUAAAAUUGUACAUAGUAAAAUUGAAGAUAUAGAUACAAUUUUGGAUAAAGAGUAGUGUGUAUCACAGACUCUGUUGAGUUUAUAUGAGUUUAUUUAUUAAUACUUCCUUUGUAAUACCAGUGACUUAUGUUUCUCAACACUUUUUCCUGAUAAAAUACCCUUGUAUUUGCCGAUAAUUUUGUAUAUAAAAUCAUCCUUGACACUGAAAUAUUAUUUAUUUAACGAAUUUUAUUCUAGGGCGUCAUCCCUAUUUAAAGACAUCCAGUCCUUUCUUCAUCCAGAUUUUUUCCUCAGUACUCAUGUGAAAUUUGUAUUUUCUUGAUUAUUCUGAAUGUGGUUUGUUUGGAGAGUGAAAGAAUACUAUUAGGAUUUAAUUUCCGACUUGAGUGAAACCUGGAGACAUUUCACCAUUCAUUAAACUUGAGCAAAUGAUAACGGUAAUAAUUUUAUUGUUAGUUAAUAACAUUCAUGUCAAAACAGACAUAUUUAAUGUAACACUUGGGUUAGAAGGAAUGUUUCUUCAGCAUUUCUAAGAAAGAGGGAUUUGACCUUAACAUUUGCUCAAUAAGUGGUAAUUGCAACAUACCUCAAAUGGGACUGUAUAGUAGUUAGUAUUGCUUGUGUGACACAAAUUUUUCACCACUUUUAUAUUGGUUAUAAACUAAUAAUUUGUAAGAAAUUGUUAAAUUUUAUAGCAAAAUUUUAUGAAAUAUAAAAUUUUUCAUAAUAAGAAUUGUUACUUCACCACACUGACCAGUAAAUGACCAGUUUUAAUGUUUAUGAAAUAACAUCAGUAACAAGAUAAAACACUAAAGUGAACAAUUAUAAAUAAACUUAAUUAAAAUAUUUUUCCUUAAAAUAAUUAAAAUGAAGUAUAGGUUUAACAUAAUUUUCUGAACAAUAUAUUUGCAAAGAAGAGGAAACAAAAGUUUAUAAUACAAUAUUUUUCUGCAAGGGAUGGAACAAUUGUGCCAUUCCACUUAUGCUUAUUAAAAAAUAUUUAAAAGAGUAGCUCAAGUAUUUAAUUACUACAAAAGUUUAUUAUAAUGAAUGAACUACAAUUAUCAGACCUUUGUAUUUGAAAAUAUUUAAACAGAAAGGUAAGAUCAACUAAUUAUAUUGUGAUUUGAUUGUUAAGUUAGGCAAGAUUUUACUGCAACAAAAUGUGUAGAAUGUAUGUUUAGUUCUAUUCUCAGUACAAAUUAGUUAGCCUGUUGUCAUUGGAGCAGUUACUUUCAGCAAAUUGUCUUGCUCAUCAUUAUAAGAUGUCUGUGUGCGUGUGCAGACCAGUAAUGAUGGUCAUAGUGGAUCACAGUAUCAAAUUUUGUGUUUUCAUACCUAGAUCUCACAGUCCAGGUGAAACCAUGGAGUUAAUCCACAUCUCUUUCUCUCUCUCUCUUCAAAGGAACUAAUUAUAGAAGCCUGUAUUGCAGACCAGCUGCUCAUGUUACGUUUUGGCAACAGGCAUUACCUCAGUCAAUAUUACUUCAAGGAGUCAAUUACUCUCCCCCAUCAACUCAAAGAGCGUCAUUAAAAAGGCAUCGAAAGUGCGUAAACGUUGGUCCCUGGUUGCCCCGACGAGGAGCGGCGGCGGGGCUGCCUCACCGCUUGGGGCCCUUGCAUGCUCUCGCGUGCACCGCCAGGCGGUCGGGGUAGAAGGUGCGGCCGCACAGCGAGCACGGCACCAGCUGCUCCAGGUGUGUCUGCCAAAUGGCUUCCAUGGUGCCCUCGUAGUCGAUCGCGCCGUUUUCUUGCACCACCACCUUCGGCUUGACGGGCUCCGCGCGGCGGUGCUGCGGCGGAGCUGCGAGUUCUCCACGCGCCACUUGUCCAGGCAUGCGGCUCGUGGAUGCGGAUGGAGGCCGAGCCGAAGGGCGGCGCAGAUGUAGCAAGGGCAGGGGGCCGUGGGAAGGCGCGACGCCCGCCCUCCUCCCCCUCCCCCUCGCGGCCC